UCCGCGCCGAGUCGGGAAGGCCUAGAGAGGUGGUUGUGGUGAAGGAGUUGGGGAGGUUGUUGCGGGAGCCGAGUGAGUUAGCCGAUGCGCGAAGCGGGGAGCGUCCGGCGCUGAGCGUCGGUGGCCUAGCCGCCUCGGAAACGAAAGCGGGGUGGGACUGCCGGGGUGGGUCGAGGAGGCCUUUCGCCCUCCGAAGGGGGAGAGGGAGCGGGGGGGGGGGGGGGGGGAGGAAGAGACACCCGUGUUUUUGGGAGAGUCAGGAAAACAGCGGCGGCGCCGGGAGGGAUGGGAAGAUUUGUGUGAGAGCAUCGGGGGCGGAAUAGAACAGGAUCGGACGAAAGAUCCUUGUCGUCCGGGGGCAGAAGACCGCUCGAUGCUUUCGGCUAUUGCUUUCCAGCAGCAGCAGCAGCAGCAGCAGCAGCAGACAUUGCUGAUGGAUGAGCUAGUACAUGAUUUGGCCUCAGCUCUUGAGCAGACCUCUGAACAGAACAAACUGGAUGAGUUAUGGGAAGAAAUGACUCUGAGCCCAAGGCAGCAGCGUCGGCAGCUUCGUAAGAGACGGGGACGCAAGCGGCGUUCAGACCUUACACACCAAGCAGAACAUGCUUGCUGCUACAGUGGGGCCUCAGAAUCCAGUCUAGAAGAAGUUGUGGAGGACUGCCGGGAAGUGCUAACUGCUUACUUUAGUGACUCUGAUGACAUGGCAGUAGCCAAACAUCCAACUCUCAACACAGCUCUCAAGAAUAAGCAACACUCAUGGCAUGAAUCAGACUCCUUCACUGAAAAUGCACCUUGUCGACCCUUAAGGCGUCGUCGAAAAGUUAAGCGUGUGACAUCAGAAGUGGCAGCUAGUCUUCAGCAGAAACUCCGAGUAUCGGAAUGGACUUAUGAGAAGGGUUGCAGAUUCAAAUCAGCUAAAAAGCAGUGCCUGUCCCGUUGGAAAGAGAAUGCUCCCUGGACAUCAACUGGCCGGGGACUCUGUGAGUCAGCAGAGACCAGGGCCUUCCUCAGCAAAGGGGGCAGGAAUGAAAGGAUGGAGUGUGAAGCAGAUGAACAGAAACAGGGUUCUGAUGAAAACAUGUCAGAAUGUGAAACCAGCAGUGUUUGCAGCAGUAGCGAUACUGGCCUUUUUACCAAUGAUGAAGGUCGCCAAGGUGAUGAUGAACAGAGUGAUUGGUUCUAUGAGGGUGAAUGUGUCUCAGGAUUCACAGUCCCCAACCUUUUGCCCAAGUGGGGACCUGACUGCCCGUCUGAUAUGGAACGAAUGGACUCGAGCCUUGACAAAAUCUCAGAGCCAACAUUCCUUCUGCCCUCUCGGCCUGUUACAAGAGGAUUUCACCCUCGCUUGAACCGUCUUCCCAGUGUUACUACCCGUUGCCUUAGGAAGGGCCGUAGAAGGCUGGUUAGCAAGGAGACCAUCAUGAAUGCAAUGGGUACUGAGAGGAUUAGCCACAUCAUUGGUGAUUCCUGCCAAAAAGAAAAGAACAAAGUGCUGGCUUCCACUUUCUUCCACAUUGCAGCCUGGGUCCAAGAGUUUAGUCCAUUAUCUCCACUGUAUUCCUUGGAUGUUCUUGCUGAUGCUUCACACCGAAGAUGCUCACCAGCACACUGCUCAGCCAGGCAGACUAAUAUACAUCUGGGACCACCAUGCUCAAGGGAUAUCAAGAGAAAACGCAAACCAGUCAUGGCAACAGCCUCACUUUCCAGCCCCAACUCAGCAGCUUUAUCUAUCCACAUAGAUGCAUCAAACCCCGAUCCACCUGUGACCCACCAGAACUGACUCUGGAACCAGAAUCGAUCCACCAUCAGAAAGAAUCACCAUGACUACUUCCAACAGUUUUUUUAAAAUGCCAUAUGAGACGGUACUAAAAGCAGGCAAUUCUUCUAUUGGCAACUAGUUCUGUUUUUUAAUCUGUUGGACACCAGAGGAUAUCACAAUUUUUAUCAGUUGCCUUGACUGGCACUAAAUGUCUCUCAGUAUUAUUAUGUGAUAUGUCAAUGUUAUUUGAUUACUCAAUAUAUCCUGCAAAUCAUGUUUAUAUAAAAAUGCAGAUGUAAUCAGUGUUGAGAUUUCUAUACUAGUAAUGUUUCUAUUGGUGUGCAAAAUAGUUAUUAUGCACCCUUGCUUCUUUGUUCUCAAAGCAAACAAAUAUUGUGGAUAUGUGCAAAAUGUUAUUGUUUAUUGAAAAUGCUUACUUUUGUUACUGACCUCUUCAUAUUGUAUCCAUUGUACUAGAAUUUCUGUAUUAAACAGGGAAACGUUCUACUUGCUGUAUUUGAAGAAGCAGACUCUGUCACUCCAGCAUGGAUUAUUUGAACAGAGUGAAUACGGUAGAUGUUUGGUAUGAAUUGGGUAAUCUGAGGGCUACAGAGGGAUCAUCUUCCCAACAGUUACUUGUUAGAAAAAAAAAUCAAGCACAAUACAGGAAAUCCUCCAGUUACAUCCCUUCAUUCAGUGAUCGUUCAGAGUUUGGGCGGCACUGAAAAAAUGAAAAUGCAACUGGUCCUCAAGAUGUUUUGGCCUUGUCACACAAUUGCGAUCUGAUCUUCUGGGUGUCUGACUCCUGAUACAACAUCACCGGGAACCAUAUUAUGGAUUUGCUAUUUGCAACCUUUCCUGUUCACUUCGUAGGGAAGCCAGCAGGGAAGGUUGCCAAUUGCUCCAGUAAGUUCCUACUCUUUCACCAUCCUGCAGCACCCCCUUCCCAGUCCCAAUUGCCAUCAUAACCCAAAGACUACCUGUGUGCUAGUUAAAUCCCUUUUAAGUUGUUCUUUAUGUAGAAUGAUCCUUUCUGAUUUUUUCCUUCCAGAAUCACUGGAAUGUCCUAAACUUGAUUUAAAUGAGACGCAUUUCCCCUUUGAGCUCACUUUUCUAUUUUCCCUGUGAACAAACAACAGAAUGAUAAUUUCUGGACUGAAUUGUUGUUUCAAGAAACUUUGAAAUACAUAGUAUUUUGAAGUGAUGGAUAAUGAAAAUGGGCGACCAGCAGGAUAUACUCUGUAUAUUAUCUUAAUAGACGUCUGCUGUAUUACCCUGAUGUAUGUGGCUGUAUUACAGCCUUUUAGACAAAGUAGUUUGGAGCCAUCAACUUCUGAAAGCCCAUGCACACAACUGGUUUUAAAUAAAAAGUAGCUAGGUUGCAUUUGGGUCAUUGUGGAACAUAGUAGCUACAUUUGUCCUAAAUCCCACUGCCAAAUAAAAAACUUCCAUCUCUAUUUCAGGCUUCUAGGGCCUUUUCACAGGGGCUGAGCCAUUGCUUCAGCGGUCUUCCUUUCCCGCUUGAUUUCUACCCCUCUGGCUCCUUCAUGGUCCUCACUUAGAGUUUAUCUCAACGACCAUGGCUUUUCAUCUUUUACAAUCUCUGUCCAGCAUAGAACAUAAACAACAGCUCAACUAUCACUCUUCUUGACAUACUCCUAAGCACAGCUGCAUAAAUAUUGCUUAGUUUCCUGGACACAGAUAAAAAACUCACAUCAACAAAGCAAAACCACCCUGAAUUGAGAUUUCCACCUUUUAAAAAUAUUCCAUAUUUUUGCUGUUUUGUUGUAGAGCUCAGAAGGAUGUUCAUUUAAACUGACUAUCUGUUGGUACAAGUAAUAGCACAGAUAUAAAAGUUUAAAAGGAAUGGCUUUCCCUUAUUCUGAAGUAGCAUGCAAUACAAUUGCAAUAUUUUCCAGAUGAGCUUAAUAUGGGAGAAGCUUUUACAUUUUAUCUGUUGUGAAUCACUUAUGUAUGUGUGUGUAUAUACAGUUAUAUUUGUGAAUGGUAUUUUUUUUGAAGCACUGCUUACUGGUUUAUAUUUUUUAUUUUGUAUGUUUUCCCCUGUUACUCCUAUCGUGGUAAAGAGUCAUAUGUGAACAGGACUGCAAAAUAGUCCACAUUUCAGGUAUCAGCAUUCAUAUUUAGGAGCCUGACAACUAGAUGUCCAUAUAAUCAGUCCAGCACGCUUUUCUACCCUAUAUUAUAUGCCUUUUGGUGCUUUCUUAAAUCAUCUGCCCUUCUCUGUUAGAAAUCUGCUGGAUUUAAUGUUGACAAGUUGAAAAUGAUUGAGUGUUGAAUAGGAUACCACAGUAAUACAUUUGAUUUGUACCCAAUAUAUUAGGGUACAAAAAUCAGGGUGAAUGGGGCUGCAGACUUGGGUGGAUCUUGAAAUGCAAGUAGGCAACAAUUCUCCCUUGUGAUAUUUGGUGUAUUCAGCUAGCAGUUGAAAUGAUGCUUAGGAACAGAGAAAGGUUUGGUAUGUUUCAUAUGCUUUUAUAAUGUGUUAUGUCAAUUGAUAAUAUUAAAGAAUUACAUACAGAAAUAAGAAAUACACUAAUUCUAUAUAGAUAUUUGAAUGCAAACAGGCACUGGUUUUGUUGAUAGAGUUUGCAAGAUGUGGUGAUAUGGGUUUAUCCGGUAACAUACUGCAAGUUCAUGCAUGCCUUACUAAAAUAGUGAUGCUGUCCCUGUGUCCAAGCCAUUAAUGCUAACCAUGUUUCCCAGGCACAGAUUCAGAUCUUCAUUAGUAGACUCCUUAUAUUCUCUUAAUACACUCUGAAAUUUAUUGUCAAGAAAAGCCCCUUUUAAUCAUAUAUAAAGGAUGCACAAGUCAAUUUAUUUGAAUGCUUUGUGAAGAUUGAGCGGCCUUGGGGAAAUCACUAUCAUAACUGUUGUUUCCAGAUUAAUCAUUUUAUUGUCUCCUGUAUAAAUUCUCAUAGAACUGAAUGGAAGCUCCACUAUGCCUCAGAUCCUAUGCUGCAUAAUAUAUACUACACAUUUAGACACGUCUUGUAAAACUCUCCCUAAUUUUUCUGUGUUCUCAGAUUUAGAGUUGACAUUUCUUGAAUAAGGUUAGAUUGGGAUUUAUAAUAUAUAUACUUCAAUACAGUUUGAUACAAGGGCAUUGUUUGCUGUUUCAUUAGUUUCUUAUCAUGAUUGCUCUGUUCUUUUAAAAUAACAACUUUGUUCUGCAUGUUAGUUGUAAAAAAAUGACAAAACAUUUGGAGCUGACAGAGUCAAAGGAAAUAGAAACAAGCCUAAAUCUAUUGAUUUGUUUCUUUAUUAUCCUUUGAUUAACUUUACUUAACAAUUUAAUGAAAGUAUUAUUUCCACUCAUCUUUGGAAAAAUGGUUUUCCAUAAGAAUAUUUGAUAUUUACACUCAUAGCUGCUACUAUAUUUGUAGUCAGAUAAUUAUUUAGUUAGCACUAUAUUAAUAGGGCCCUAUGAAUUUCAUGCAGAAUAUAUUUGAAAUCUUGGAUAAGAAAUAUACUUACAUCUUUUUAACAAGAAAAAGUUACAACUCUGUUACUAGAAUAAAAACAAACUGUCAGGUUUACUUCUGAUUACAGUAUUACGGAGUUCUUUAUAAUACAUAAAGUGAUAUGUGGUACAACAAAGAGAAAGCAGUGGCGGCUGGAUUACCUGUUAUCAUAAGAGUGCAGAACUCCUAGGACCUUGACGCUUGCAUAUUUUAAAUGUUCUGUAUUAAGCUGUGGCUGCAUUCUGAUAUCAUAUUUACUGAUCUUUCAAGUUAGAGUUUCUGUAUCUAUUUCAGUGCUUUUUAUUUUAAUUUUAUAAAAUUAUUGUGAUCCAAAAAUUGUAUCAUCUGUAGAGCAUUGCUGCUUAUUAGGUUGUUGGGAGUUGGGUGGCUUAUACAUUUAAUUUAAUAAUAAUAACAAUAAAUAAUACACUUCAGUGAUGGAAUAAAUGAGUUUUAAAAACUAGACCUUGUGCCAAAUCUAAUUAUUAGUAAUUACAGUAUCGGAGAACUCCCAUUAAAAGAUGUGUGCAACAACUUAAUUAAGGCCUGGUUGCAGAUAAUGAAUGGGGGAAUCUCUCCAGCAUCUUCUUGUGCAAGGCUGAUACUGUACACAGAUGUCUCUUUCUAGAUUAAGUUACUGGAAUUUUAACACAUCUGAUAUAUUUCAUGAUGGAGCUUUACAAAAUGACACCUGGUGUGGAAGCCAUAACACAAAGUCAUCCCCCCAAAACAGUGAAAUAUAUAAAAGAAAGUAGCUUCUUAACAUAAUACAUGAUUUAUGGGAUUUGCUGCCAGAUGAUAUGGUGAUACAGUGUUGAUCAUUAACUUAGAUGGCUUCAAUCUGUUACUGGGUACUAUUUGUAGUACCCAAAUUUGCUCAACAAAGUCUUCAGCUUUAGCAAGAUGCACUGAAUAUUUCUGACUGCAGAGCAAAUGUAAGAGAAAGCGAUUUUGUUUAUCAGACACCCAACUGGCUAUUGUGGAGAAUGGACAAAUCAUUAGAUCCAGCAGGACUUUUGUUUGUCACUCCCUGUACACAGAAGAAAAUGUGAGAGAAAUUCUGAAAAUCAUAUGAGUCCUCAGUAGACAGACAGAAAAUUCACAUACUAUAAAAACUGCUCAUAACUGCAUGUAGUGACUGAUCUGAAAAUACUGUGUAUACUUGCUAAGACUGUUAAGUAUGUACUUGCUAAGGCUUUGGCUUUCACUGUAUGGCCUAUUUAAGUUGCCCUAAUUAUAUCCUGAUGGCACAUAAACAAGCCCACAUGGAAAAUCAACACCUAUGAAAUAGCCUGUUCCCUGGGCAGAACCAUGUGGGCAUGAUUUAAAGUGACUCACCUUGAAAAGAAAUAGCUCAGAAUCUGUUUCUAGUGUUUUCUACCCCCGAAGGAUGCAGCUUGGUAUUGCAGAUGCACACAGAUUAUUUCCAAUUGGAACGACAGACCCCCCCCCCCCCUUUUUUUUUUUCCUGGAGAAAUGUUCAGAAAUUUGCAAUGCAGGCUGUUGAUGCUGAAACCCUUGUUGCCUCUGUAUAUGAAUUAGGGUCUAGCCUCUGCAGAACAUCUCUGGGGUGUUCAGAGCAUUAGGAUUAGAUGCACUGAAUGUUUCUGCUGAUUAUCGUAAUAAUCUCCAUACAAAUCUCGGUUGAGGCUUCUUGCUUUUGUUCCAUCCUCUGCAUGAAUAAUGCUGUCAAACGUUUUGUAAAUAGCAGCCUGCCCAGGAGAGACAUUCAAUGAGUAAUAUUAUUGGAUAGAGAAGUAUAUAGAAGACAGAGGGGGCCCUUUCUUGAUACAUUGUUUUUUUUAAGAAGUUGAUCGGUUUAAUUUGCUGCCCAUCUGAUUUUUCUGUCUACCUCUCAUGGCAGAAUACUGUGUUUCUCCAAAAAUAUGACCUACCCC